GUGGCGAUCUACUCGGCAACAUCCCGGGGACGAAUGCAACUGAUCUACGGCGGACAGCCAUUCAUCUUCGAGAAGACCCUGAAACUGUCUUCGGGUGAGGAGAAGCGCUUCUGGCGCUGCAAUCAAUGGUGGAACCAAAAGUGUCGCUCCCGCGUCUUCACCAUCAACGACGUUGUCUGUCCGCUUAACCGAUUCCACACGCACGAGGAGAUCGUGCGGCGAAAGAAGCGAGUGCGCCGCGUGCCGCCGGUGGAGACGAUUGCCAAGGUGGUUGCCACAACACCCAGGCAUCCGCAGCAUCAACAGAUAACCCAGCAGCAACAAGAAAUCCAGCUGACCAGCGAUGCAAUUGCUGGAGCAAUACUGGACGACGAAUCCCCAGCUACAAUCGAUGUCAGCGAGCUGGGGAUGCACCUGAAAUACGAAGAAAUCGUAGCGGAUGUCACGGGCGCCACGCGAGUGGUCAGCCGUCGGAAGUGAAGAUUGCUUUUUAUUUUCUGACGAAAGAUCGCAGAUUCAGAUUGCUUCUUUCAUUUUUGAACUUGCCACGUCGAAAACCAAAAGCCGAACAGUUUUGAUGAAUUUAAAAAGGCUAAACACAACCACUAGCCAAUAAAUAACAUUUUUAUUAUUAUUUAAGAACAUAUUUUUAAAGCUCUUUUUAUUAAGCGUAACGAAGCAUAUUCCAAGGUUUCCUUUCCCAUUUGUAUAAUUUGAUAAAUGCAUCAUGAUUUCCUUUGAUAUUUUGGAGUUGUUUAGAAUAAAAUCUGUUCCUUCUGUUAUACCUUUGUUCAAACAAAAUUAACUUAGCUUACUCCCAUAAUUAUUAAUAUAAAACUGCGAUUUAGAAGGCGGACAAGCUAGCAAUUAUGUUUCAGCUUAUAAACAAUUUAUUAUGUGUACAUUUAAUAAACGUAAGCCCCAAACAGUGCAAUUGAA